UUCGAUCCGAUAGAUGGCCUUAAUAAUUUAUCAAUCGAUAGAAGAUUAUAUUUUUUUAAUCAAUUUAAUUCAUCAACAAUUUUUCCUUGUGGUUUAAUUGAUUGAUCCCAAAUUAUUUGCAUAAUCAUCAUUUAAAAUGUGCCUUGUCGUUUCGUUUGCGAAUGACAUCAUAAUUUCAAUUUUGAAUCCCUCUUCCAAAUGGCUUUAUUUAAUCCAUUAAAUUUUCGUGAGAAUAUUGCCGAUUCCAAGUAUAUUCUUUUAUUGCCUUUGAUAGGUGCAUAUGAACUCUGGAAUAGCGAUGAUUCAGGAUCAAAGUCUCACCUUUUUCCAUACUAUCUGUUGAUCAAUGCAAGCAUUGUUUUGUUCGCAUAUAGAUUCAAUGUUUCAUUUAGUUUAUUUAUAUUAUUCAAUGUUGGCAUUUUCAUCUUUGUACAUCAAACGUUGUUUAAUUUAUUUCCCAUUGGUUUUCUUCUCUUAAUUUUCAAUGUUAUCGCAUUGAAAACAUUGAGAACAUUGGCAAAAAAAUAUUCCAAAUGUUUUACAUUUGCCGAAUUUGCCAUUGUUUUUCAAUGUAUUAAUUAUUAUCUAAUUUCAAUUAUCACAUUUAAUUGGCAAUAUUGGAUUGAUGGCGAAUUCACGGCCUAUCGAAAACUUGAUAAAUUUUGUUUGAUUUGUUAUUCAACAUUGGCCUUUCAUUGGAUAGUGGCCAAAUGGAUUCGAAUUUCUGGUUUAGAUCCUAUAAUUUAUUUGAUCUCGUUUCCAUUAUCACUAUAUGGAUUUCUGUAUCAUUUUCUUCACAUUGAACCAUUAUAUUGGUUCUUCAAUUUUCUUUCAUUCAAUCAAACUAGGAUUUAUUUACUUCUAUUCUGGUCAUUGGUUCUUUUGUUGACAUUAUUGUUUGCUUACAUUCAUACAUUUCAUACAGUUCAUCGAGCCACAACAACGGCAACACGAAAAAUAUUUCAUCUAGCCAUAUCAUUGGUCUAUAUUACUGGAAUUAAAUAUGAUGUCAUCUUGCUCGAUUUUGCAUCCAAACUUAUUCUAUUUAUUUUUAUUUUCAUUGAGAUUAUUCGUCUAAGCAAUAUACCGGUGAUUAUUUCAAUUAUAAACACUAUAUUUGAUCGAUUUCGUGAUGAAAAAGAUUCCGGUAUACUUACAUUAUCACACAUUUAUCUAUUGGUUGGUUGUUCAUCGCCAUUAUGGCUAUGCAAUAAUCUUCACCAUUCGAAUCAAAUAUCACUUGCAUCCGGAAUUAUGGCCAUUGGUAUUGGUGAUACUAUUGCUUCCGUUGUUGGAAUUACAUAUGGCAAUCGACGAUGGCCAAAAUCACGUAAAACCUAUUUGGGUACAUUCGGUUUUUUUCUCUCACAUACAUUAUCAUUCAAUCUGUUUGAUUAUUAUUUCAAUGGUGAAAAUCAUUUAAACAUUUUUGAUUUUCAGCUAGUCAUCAGAAUUUUAAUCUUAUCCACCAUUAGUUGUCUAUAUGAAACAUUUACAAAACAUGUGGAUAAUCUGAUUCUACCUUUGAUUGAAUAUUUAUUAAUAAGGAUUUUAUUUUGAAAAAUUCAAAAGAAAAUUGUUCCAUUGGAAAUGAAGGAAAAAUCGAUGUUGGAUUUGCAAAAUAUAAGAAGCAAUAAAAAAAAGAUAAAGAUGGUA